GUGCAUGAUGCUGGGCGGCCGUGUGGCAGAACAGAUCUUCUUUGGGCGCAUCACAACUGGAGCACAGAUGACCUGAAGAAGGUCACACAUACCGCGUAUGCACAGGUUGUCACGUUUGGAAUGAGCAAGAAGCUGGGUCAGGUGUCCUUCGAUCUUGGCCGCCAAGGGGACAUACUUGCCGAUAAACCUUACAGUGAAGCUACAGCAGAGCUGAUUGACCAGGAAGCCAGAGACCUGAUCAGUGCCGCCUAUGACCGAACCCUGGAGCUGCUGACACGCUGCAAGGAUCAGGUGGAGAAGGUUGGGAAGCUGUUGCUGGAGAAGGAAGUCCUGGAGAAAUCGGACAUGAUCGAGCUGCUGGGCCCCCGACCUUUCCCUGAGAAGUCCACCUAUGAAGAGUUUGUAGAAGGGACGGGCAGUUUUGAGGAGGACAUCACCUUACCUGAGGGUCUUAAAGACUGGAAUCAGGAAAAGACAGACGGAGAUGCAGAGAAGACGCCAUAG